CCCUACACAUUGAAUGUGAAAGUACAUGGACACUGAGAGCGAUUCAGUCUGUGUAUGCAUCACACGAUGUAGCUAUUUAGGGAAGCACAGAACUUAUAACGAAAGACCUUAGGAAGAUUUAAUAGAGAAAAUGUAGGACUGUUUAAAUCACGAAGUACGUCCCGGGAUUAGCACGGGAGGCAAUCAUCGGAAAUAAAAUGGACACCGUACUUCCGCUGUAAACAGAUAACACUCACCUGAUCAAGUAAUGGGUGAUGGCGUAAUCUGUGAUGGCUGGCGUGGGCAGAUGGUACAGCAGGCAGUACUUUAUGACAAUGUGGAUUUCUUGGAAUGUCUGUUGGAUGGAGAUGAAAUUGACAACAUCAACUCCUGUGAUUCCUGUGGCCGCACAGCCACUUACACUGCAGUUUCUAACAACAGUCUUAAGUGUCUUAAGCUUCUGCUGGAACAUGGAGCUGAUCCUGAUAUUGCUGCAGGGGCUAGAUGUCAGAACAUGACACCACUGCAUCUGGCUGUUCUUGAUUGCAAGCAAGAAGCUGUACGACUGCUUUUGCAGUUUGGGGCCAGUCUUACAUCAACUGAUGAGUCAGGACAAACACCACUUUCACUUGCACGGGAAAUCAGCAACGUGAAUGCUUAUGCCUUGCUUACAGCUGAGCAAGAAAAAAGAGCAGACCAUAUCAAAAAAUAUUCAGCAAGUUUAUGCAGGGCAUGUAGCAGUGGCAACCUAAAUGAUGUCAAGAAAAUCCUGGACGAAUGUGGCACCAACAAAAUGCAGGUCUUGAAUACAAUCCCAGAUCAUGAUCUUCCACCUCUCUGCAGUGCUAGCAGAGUAGGCAGCCUAGAACUUGUGCAGCUUUUAUUGAAGAAUGGGGCAGCACCAGUCUGCCAGCGAGGAUCUGGCCUGUCACCUAUCCACUUUGCAUGUGAUGCUGGACACCUGCCUAUUGUACAGCUCCUUUUGAUGGAAUACCCUGAUCUAGCCAUGGCAAGAUCAGUUGAACACCGCCUUCCUCUCCACAUAGCAGCUGCUAACAGAAAUGUGGAAAUACUUAAGUGCCUGCUGAAUCAUUCCUACCCUGACAUGCUUCAACAGACAUUCCAGCAUAAAGCAUCAGAACAUUACUAUAAAGCAGGAUUUGACAUCAAUGCUCAGGAUUCUUCUGGAAAAAUGGCUUUGCACAUUGCCUGCGAGCAUGGCCUUAUUGAAAAUGUGAAAGCACUACUGGAUUUCACAGUAGAAGUUGUGAGUAACAGCACUGGCAAUGAUACUUUUCCAAAGCAGAAUGAGGAUGUCAUUGAUAAAGCAAGUUCUUUACCAUGCAGUCGCCAGCCAUCUUGGGUCUCAGAGUCUGAAUCAAGGGAUUCAUAUCCAACUUGCAGCACUCACACACUACGGGAGUCAGGUGUGAACCAUCUGCUGAACCAAGAUUCCGCAGCCACCAGUGGUGAGAACCUGUCUUCGAUAGAAGAAAGAGAUGGACGUGUGUUUGUGCAUCCAGCAGUUCUGAAUGUUGCAUCCAGUGAAGGUCUUGCACCUCUGCACUAUGCUAUCAAGAUGCAUCAUCCUGAUGUUGUCCACUUACUGCUUUGUAGUGGAGCUGACCCUCAGCAGCCUGCAGUCUGCAAUGAGUUGACCUUCACCCCAAUUAUGUACACAUAUCAGCAUCUUGACCUUGAGAACAUGGAGUUGCUACUGCAGCACAGAGCUGAGGACAUUGAUAACAAAGUCUUGAUGGGAGCCUUCUUGUCACAAGAUCACAAUGUUGUGAAUCUUCUGCUGCAGUUCAAAGCAAGCCGGGAUCCAGUGCAUGCAAUCAACAAGGCAGAAAUGAGGAGACUGACAGGACAGAGUGGAAUCAGUGGUCCUGAGAGUCCAGAGCACAUUUCAUCCAGUGAGCCAGAGAUGCGGCUCAAGUCUCCAGUCUCUCCUAUUGCUGUCCAUUGGCAAGGGCUCAGCUCCCUGCAUGAUGUGGAUCUUACAUGUCUGGCCCAUGCCAGCAGACGUCUCAAUCCAGCUUUAAAGCAUUUGCAGCCAGCUGCAGCACUGUGUGCCAUCACAAAAAUUGACAUCUCCCAUAAUGCCUUCCAGUCAUUCCCUGUGAGUCUCUUCAUGCUGCCAUCGGUUGUUGUGAUUGAUGCUUCAAGCAAUCAAAUUAGAGAAAUUCGGGAGGAGGAGGACAACUUCUUUACAGCACCUCUUAGCUCAUCUCUGGAAGAAAUCCGUCUUUCUCAGAAUAAGCUAUCUUCUAUUCCAGCCUAUCUGUUCAGACUAUCAGGCUUAAAGUUUCUAGACUUGUCAUACAACACAAUCAACGAGUUGCCUCCAGAGAUGUGGUUGGCCCCUUCAUUGGUUACUCUCAUCCUUUCCCAAAAUAAACUGAGCGAACUCCCCCAUAUAUCCAGGGAUCCACCCACACCUAUCUCGCGCAAAAUGUCACAGCACAUAAAAAGACCUUCCAUAUGCUCUGCAGUUCCAUCACUUGGACCUCACAGAAUGUGUUCAGGGUCUCUGAGCAGUUCUGAUGCAGAUCUGAGUAUGAGUGUUUUUGACCUCAGCAGUGAAAGUGGUGAUAUUAUUCUGGUUUCUCAUGGCAACGUCAGCAGUAAUGAAGUGAUACAUGUCAACAGGUGGAGCAACAGCAUCAAGGUGGUUGAUAAAGAUCCAUGGAAAGGUGCUGGUGGACAAGGUGGUCUCAAGCAGCUGGUCCUUAGCAAGAAUAAGUUUACUGUCUUUCCUACUUCUCUGCCAUGCUACGCUCAGAACCUUGAGGUGUUGGAUAUAUCUGACAAUCAGUUGGAGAAUGUGCCUUCCAUUGUUGAUUUGCCAGCCAGCUUGACAGAACUCAAUUUGUCUCGUUGUGGUCUGAAAACUUUACAGCCAUGGAGUGAUACUUUGGAGGUGCAGCAAGAGACAUCUUGCUUAGCAGUUUCCAGGUCGGGAGCAUUUAGUCCACUUAACACAUCCAUCAACACUGGUAAUUCCUCUCCAAGCAGUCGAGGUAUCUCACCAUCUCAUGCAAGUAGAGAGUCUUAUAAUAGUCUUACAGCAGUGUUGUGCACACACUGUUCUCACACCAGACUGGGGCGGCUGGAGAAGCUUAAUCUGGCACACAACAAGCUUGUGAAAGUUGUCCUUACUCGAGCUGCAGAUGGACAGAUGGCCAAUGCAGAUACACAAAGUAUCAUUGGCCUAGAGUCUGAGUUUAUACAGAGCAGACUACUUUUCCCUAAUCUGUCAGAACUAGAUCUCAGCAUGAACUUGCUGCACAAUCUCACUUCAGACAUAGGAGAACAACUUAAUCUCAGGGUCCUUUCACUGCGUGGAAACCGCUACCUGCGUGAGCUGCCUCCAAAACUUGGCCUUUUGACAAAACUAUGGAAGCUGGAUCUUGAACUCUGUCCCCUUGAUGGGGCAAUCCAGGACUUUGUGCAUAAUUCUCGUUAUCCAGUCAAAGAUAUCCUUGGCUUCCUUCUGUCUGUGUUAGAAGAGUCAACCUAUUACAACAGCUUAAAUCUGAUGUUAGUUGGCUGCCAUAAAAUUGGUAAGACCUCAUUGCUGCAGCGACUGAGGAAAGAAGGCAAAGCUCUUAUCAAACCCACUCACUGGAGUGACAGAGUAUCUAGCGACGAGAGAAAUGUAUCCAGACAGACGACUUUGUCAACAGUUGGAAUCGACAUAAAUGAGCUUAUAUUUGAUUGCGGUAGCAAAGGUUCUGUUGUUUUCAGAACAUGGGAUUUUGGUGGACAGCGUGAAUAUUAUGCAACGCACCAGUAUUUCUUGUCACCCCGAUCAUUGUACUUGGUUAUGUGGAAUCUGAUCGACGGAGAGCGUGGAGUGGAUGGACUGCAUCAGUGGCUGAUUAAUAUACAGGCUCGAGCACCAAGUGCUUAUGUCAUUAUAGUGGGCACACAUGUUGAUGUUCUUCGAGACAAAGCAACACGUCGCAACUUUCCACCUGACUUUGAGGAGGCAAUGGUGGGCAUGGUGGAAAAGCUCUUUUGGGCAACAAGGAGCCAGACAAGUGCGGCCUGCCAAACAUUCUUCGGCACUAUCAAUGUCAGCUGUAAGACAGGCGAGAAUAUCCGCAAGCUUGUAGACAUGAUCAAGACCAACGUGUUUGAGAUGCGACACCCAAAGUCUCGGACAGUCAAACUGUUGGGACAGAAGAUACCACGCAAAUACCUUCUGCUACAGACAGUAGUGCAAGAACUGGCUAUGGAACGCAUCAGGGAGUUCAAAGACCCUGUGCUUAACAGAUCCAAAUAUAUGUUAUGUGUAUCUGACAAGAUGAUGGAAAAAGGAUACACAACUUUCAGAGAUGUGGAGGAACUAGAGCAAGCAACAAGGUUUCUCCAUGAGAAUGGUGUGCUGUUUCACUGGGAUGAUGUAGCCUUACGUGACCUGUAUUUCCUUAACCCCCAGUGGUUGUGUGACCAGCUGGCAUGGGUGGUCACCAUUCCUGAAAUCAACGGUUUUGCAAGAAAAGGGGUAAUGGAGAUUCAGCAUUUAGAAUUCCUUUUCCGGAAAUCACCAUUACAGUCAGAAAGUAUACACCAGUACUUCACCUCACUCCUGGCAAAAUUUGAGGUCGCCCUUCAGUAUGAUGAACAGCAUCUGCUGCUGCCAUCUCUGUUGCCACAGUUUCGUGAUAGAACAAAUGGAAAGCAGGAGGAUAUGAAGAUCCCAGUGCGGAAACCUGUUGUCAGCGAGAGACCUGACAGUAAUUCUUCUAGAAUUUCUCGAUGGUGUGACCUGUCAAAUGAUCAGAGCAUAAACCUUUCCAUCCGUCAUCGUGCUGAAAGUGGCCCUGAGGAGCUUCACAUUGGCUACUCUGUCUUUUAUGCUGGGUCUCAAGUGACCAGAGAGCUUCAGCAACCAAGGAACUGCUCAGAGUCAAGCAGUCUGCUUCUGCUGGCCAUCAAACCCUACAGCAACCCUAUCUUCUCCUUUUGCCGCCUUUACUUCAUGACCUAUUUCCCCAGUGGAUUCUGGUCUAGACUGAUAGUACGUAUCUUGGCGGAUUCAUCUUUGUAUCCAGUGGUGAAGAGUCUGUUCCAUCUUCCCAGUCAGCUUCUUAACAAGAGUGCAGAUGUCCGUUUGCUGAUGGACCGGGACCCAGAAUGGCAUUGUUGGCAGACUGGACUUGAGCUGUUUUAUCUUGGCUUUGAGAUGAUGCGGAUUAGAGAAAUAAUUUACAGCAAUGACAUGGAACAGCAUCUGUGUAACUAUAACCAGUGUCGUCUGAAGUGUAGUGUGGAGAAAGAGUGGUGUUUUCUUGACAUGGCCAACAGUCGAAUUCUAGAGAUUACUUUUCCUAUUGACCUCCUUCGAUUCCAUGUGUCUUCUCGUGAUGGCCCAACUCUACAAAGACUUGAUGUGGCUAACAUGACAACAGUGGUGAGAGAAGAACAGGCCACAGCAAGGCUGCUGGUGAAGGUCGUAGAGCACAUCGACAACCUGCUGCAGGACUGGUUUCCAGAGCUGGGGAGCCGGUUUAGCCAGAACUGCGAAGGAAGGUACCUUGUCACAAGAGUGGUGCCGUGUCCUCAGUGUCUAGCAAAGGAGUUCUGGUUCUUUGUGAAUAUGGACAUGCCUGAUCUCUAUACACCAUUUAUCAUACCACAUGAUACUAUGCAGCGACAUGAAGAGGUUCAGCCAGUUGCUUCAGAUCUUCGACGAGACCCUCAUGGCAGAGUAAGGGAUGUUCAGCCAAGAAGAAGCAUCGCUGAUGGCCAGGCAUUGAUAUACAAUCGUGAGAACAGCCGGGAAGAUAGCGAAUCCAUUAUCUACUGCUAUAUGGUAGAAAGAUGUAUGCUGGAUGUACUGCAAGGCAAAGAUGCUGUGUGUCCACUACACGGAAGUAUUUCUCCACAACUUUUGUUGGAUUCAGAAGGAGUGGCCCAUCCAUUUUACAUUGCUCCCGAUGUAGUAUUUAAUGACCUAGAUCAUCAGGUUCGAAUCUCCAAUACUGACCAGAUAGAAGUUGGCACAUGUCUUGGUGAAGGAAAUUUUGGCAAAGUUUUUGAAGGUUGCUUAUUUAAAAAGGGAGAAGGUGCACCACAACCAGUGGCACUCAAAAUUCUUUUUGAACCAGAGAACAACAGGAAAUCAACGCAUCAGGGAUUUCAGACUAGAUUAGAAGCAGCAUGCACUGCAUAUCUAACAGCACGUCAGGAGGUGUCCAUUCUGGAGGGCCUGUCUCACCCCCAUAUUGUCCCUUUCAUGGGCCUGGCUUUGCGACCACUGUCUUUAGUUCUAGGACUUGCUCCACAUGGAGCCUUAGAUUCCGUGCUAAAAAGACUACAUGGUGCUGGAACUUACCUGCCCCUGUUUGUCAUACGACAGAUAAUACUUCAGGUAGCAAAGGCUUUGGCCUACCUUCAUUCCUACAACAUAAUUUACCGAGACCUGAAGUCAGAGAAUGUGCUGGUCUGGGAUUUGCCAUCAUCGUCAGAUGCAAAACCAGAUGCCCGCGUAAAUAUCAAAAUUGCUGAUUAUGGGAUCAGCCGAACUGUGCUUCCAACAGGUGCCAAAGGUUUUGGUGGCACACCACCCUUUAUUGCACCUGAAAUAUUACGUUUUGCUGGAAAGGGCACAUACACGGAGAAGGUGGACAUUUUUUCCCUUGGGAUGUUUAUAUUUGAAUUGCUGACCUGCCGAAUGCCAUUUGCUGAAAUGAACAAUCCCAGUUCUUUGGUGUGUCAAGGUGGACGCCCAAGUCUCACUACUCAGGAAGUACAAUGCUAUCCCACUUGUCUUUUGGACCUUUUGAGUGUGUGCUGGAGUCAGGAGCCAGGAGACAGACCCUCAGCUGCAGGUGUUGUGAACAUGGUCACCUCGCCUCAGUUCUGCCACCUUCGUGACGUUUAUGAGAACCCCGAACCAAGCAACUCAUUUUCCCUGGACCAUUUCACCCACAUUCGCCCAGCGCAGGUGUGGCUUAGUUCUUGCACAGCAGGCAGCACCAAUGCACUUGAGAUUUUAUCAUUUGGGCCAUCAUGUGACACCGUGAUUGACCACAAGACUCUUCUUUUGAGAGCUGUGUCGAUAACAGCACUUUGUGUAGUGGGCAACUCUGUGUGGUGUGCAGAUACCAAUGGGGUUAUCCACAUUUACAGUAUCAACACUCUGACUCUGAUUAACCAGCUACAGCUGCCGGUCCAGGCCUGCGUCUCAGUUCUGUCCCUUCAUCAGCUGCCUGGCAAGGAAACUGUUAUGGUAGUGGCAUCCCUCACAGACUGUGGCAUCAUCUUCUGUUGUCAGCAGCCACACCUGGAGCUCACUGACUCUGAGAUAGGCAUCGAGCAGUUCCGCGUGUUUCGCUGCUACUGCUCUUCCCUUGUACCAACUGAUGAUGGGUGUGAGUUGUGGCUUGGGCAAGGAUCAGGAUCUAUCUUGAUAUGGAAUGUGACAAGCCAAACAUCCACAAACUGCCUGUAUCACAGUCUGGACCCUCUCCCAAAAUCCACCUGUUGUUUUUUUCUUGUGGCAGCCAAACCACUAGGCUCACAACACACGUUUGUCUGGUCUUACAAUUUCCCAGGUACAGUAGUGUACUGCUGGAAUGCAAGCAGGCGUUGUAUUGUUGAACGUCUGGACUGCUCAACUAUCUACUCAACAGUUGAUUCCACAAUCCUUGGUUCUCCACAGAACCCUGAAGGCAGUCAGGUGACAGCACUAAACAUCAUUGACCAAUAUCUGUACAUUGGCAACACUAAAGGGCGCAUCAUUGUGGCAGAUGCCAUCACACUUCAGCCCCUUUGUCUGUUCCCAGCACACAGUCCUCGGGACUUCUACAUCAAAUGCAUCCUUUCAAUCAGUUCACGGCAAGAUCUUGUUUUUGAGGCAGACCAAGCUGCAAGGUCAAAGGGCAUAGUCAGCGUGGGUCGUGGGUAUGUUGAUCUUCUCAACAAUGGAGGGGCUGGUGUUAGAAAGAGAGAAAGCCUUGCUGAACAAGAAAGAAUCCAGUCCCGUCCAGGAGAUGGUAUGGUUAACCACACGUAUGUGUUAAGCUGGUCUGCUGAAAACUGGGAGUAUUAUUGAGCAGUACCAGAUGUGUGAAGAUAAUGUCUGCCAGUUAUAAAAGGUUAAUAUGGAGAUUAACUGUUGCAUGCAUUAUAUGCUUAGUUUCUGUAAAAAGAGAAACAUUAUUGGCUGGGUGAUGUACUUAAAGAGACUGAUAAAUUACAACCGGUGCUCCACUAUAAACAUUUUUCAGCAGUACCUGUUUAUGUUUAUGAAACUGUUUUGUGCAGAUGCUUCUCAUUUAUUUCAACACUUGUGAUAAUGCUUUGCACAUUUGCAUAUUAGAUGUAUGAAUCAUGUCUGUAGACCAAUACUAGUUGGACAGAAACUUAGUGAGGCACAGAGAACUUUUAAAACGAAACAUAAUAUUAUCCUUUGUGAGUUUUUUUGGUCUUGUUUUGUUUGUUUGGUAUUUUUCAUUCUUUGUGCACAGUCUGAUAAACAUGCAAUAAACUGCAAUAAAAGCAUUUAUAUGGAUAUUUUAGGGUAAACCAUUCUUCCAUUACCCUAGAAUUCUGUGAUUGCAGGCUGCAUAAGGAAUAUGAACAUGCUCAUUUCUUCUUUGAAAGUUGUCUCUGGUGAUGUUCGCCCUUCCCUUUCAUGUGCCUGAUGGGCGAAACACCUACAGAUUGAAAUGCCAGGUUCCCAUCAUGGCUGUCCCAGCCACCUGUUGACAGAGUGGAUUUUAUCCAAUACCAUCAGAGUCCGGAAGAUACAAGGAUAACUCUAUGUGCCUUCACCAGACUUUUUCCUCCACUGGGUAUUGCUUAUAGCUUCACUUCAGACUUGGCAUCAGCUCAUUAUUUGGCUCUCUACAUUAUCAGCAAGAGACUUUGGUGUCUACCAGAAACCACUGCAAAAAACCUCCUUGCCGAAUUAGAUGCCAAACCUGGCGUUGGUUUGGCAUGAAGACAGUGCGACUGGCAGGUUUGGGUGGGAAACUAUGCCUUCAGCACCUUUCCACAUCCCAGUAAAGCGAGCAUUGCAACUGCACUUGUGGUUCACCAUGCAAGGAGGGUCUUCCUGUGGCCCUGCCCUUCAGGCUGUCCACCACUCUAUGAUUUUCACUCUAAUGAUAAACACCAUGAUGUCUGCGAUAAGGCCCAUAAAAGUCUAAUCGCACUUGCAGUUUGCCCCUGCAGGAAGGGUCUUCUAGUGUGCAUCAUGACCUGCAGGCGAUUGCGACUAGUCUUGACCAUUCUAAAAAAAAAAUAUCUUGACGGCCUUGGAGCAAAUUCUCAAUACACAGAGAUUUUAGAAUGCUGUCUAAUCAUGUAGAAUUUUCCCCAUCACUCGUACAUUAAUGUUAUUCCAGUUGUUAGUUAUUAACUCAGCCUUGUAGGCAUAGUCACAUCCUAAAAUGUUGUAACAUUGUGUAACAUUAACAGACAGCCUACUUUACCCUCGGAAGAUAAUUAUGCCAGUAAAGGGUAUGUUUUGCCUUUAUAAGGAAUGCACAUUUUUUAAAUUACUUGAGGAUUUCCUCAGGGGCAUCUUGGGAAGUUGUAGAGAUUAAAACAUCUCUUGUUGAUAAAAUCCAUAGCAGUAAGACCUUAUUUUGGUAUAUAUCCAUGCAUAUGUAAUAUCUUCAGCUCAUAAUAUUUUGAAGUGUUCAGGUUUCUUACUCAUGAAGAUGGCUAAAUAGUGCAUCAGACAGGCAGAAGCCUUAAGGAUGUUAUGCAGAUCACUGUUAAUUAGAGAUCAAAUCUUGCAAUACAUACCUUGGUUGAAUUUCACUUUAUGGUUUAUUUUAUGUUUCAUUAUGAUUUAAUUUAGGUUUCAUUGAAAAUUGUUCUCAUUUCCUGUGAUUGUUUUUUUUAUACCAGGUUUGCUUUUAUAAAAAUGAUCUCUAUUCAAAAUGAAUGUUUUUUCCGCCUUUUAUUUGUGUCUUCUUCAUUCUGUAAAUAUUUUCCCAUUCCACAAACAUAAAGUGUCUUUUUUUUAAAUAGUAAUUUCAGUAGAUUUACUUUUUGAUUGCCUGAUGAUUGGGAUGAUGUUGGACAUAGAUGUUAAGUGACAUACUGUCUCAUGUUUGACUACAGUUUAGAUUAACAUGAAUAUUUUUUUUUUUAUUUAUUUGUUCUGUAGCAAUGUUCAGAGCUAGGCAUAUCUUGCUUGCUCUGGGUGAUUACACAUACAGAUUUACAUAUGCUUGGCAUUAUACAUGGGAAUGGCUUGAUUUAGGCAUAGUGUAUUGGUCUGUUAUUUUCAUUUUUAACUAUUGGUUGUGUUGCCAUCACUUUCUAAGCAACUGAGGCCUGUCACCAGUACAUUGAAGGUUGGCUGUCCUGGGUUCAGCUCUCGUCUUGGGCAAGCUGUUCUUUCUCUGCAUUUGGCAUCUGUUUACAGGGCUGGCUGCCUUGCCAUGAUAUAGCCUUAGUUGCUGGCUCAGUGUAAAACACCAAUUCCCCUUCUUCUCACUUCUAAGCAACUGUUCUGGCGUCAGAAGGGGGAAAAGACAAGGCUGAGAAUGUAACUAUAGAACUUUAGUAAUUUGUGACAGAAAUAGUUCUUUUUUAUGCCAUGGAGCACAAUGUGGAAAUGUAUUAACACCUUGCUGUCUUCAUUUCGGACUUUUUGGCACUGUAUAAGCAACACAUCAAAUUUAUUCAUAAGCACAUUGUAACACUCACAUCACACCUGAAUGUCACAUGUAAAUUGAUUUAAAAUAAGCAGAUACUCAUCAUACAUGGAUAGACCUGGAGAUUCCUGUACAGUUAUGGACUAUUCUGAACCAUUUGACUUUCAAGUGGGAUUACUAUAUUUCAGCUAAUUUAAACAUAUAGGGCAUAUAUAUAUAUAAGCAUUAAUGUAAAAUGGCAUUGCCCAAGAGAAUCUUUUUAACUUUAUCAUGGAUAUAUGAACAGUAGCACAGCUUGUUCUAUGAGGCCUGUAUUUUUGCUUUGUGAUGGACAUACACAAUUGGCCUAAACUGUGGUUAUUUCAAGGUUAUAGUGUAAUUUUCUGAGCCCAUUGUCUCAUUGGCAUACACCCAUGACAUUUCUAUGAUUACAUGGGGUGGGGUGGGAAUGCAUUUGUGUCUUUACUUGUACUGACUUUCCACGGCUUAUUGGGAUGCUGUUUUGUGUUCUUGCAUAUGACAUUCAGCUUUAAUGCAAGAAAAGCAUAUUAACGAUAUUUGUAUUGAGACACUAGUGAAGGUGGGCUCUGCCUGGGCCUAAGCAGUGCCUUAAGUUUAUGCUACAAAACAAGUUCAGGGAAUUAAAAGUGAUGAGCAGAGUUUCAUGAAACAUGGUUCAAAGUCCCAGCAGAGGUUUUGUUCUUUUGGACACAUCUUUCAGUUUGAUCUUGGUGCAAUAUUCUGUUGGGUUUUUUGGUUGGUUUGUUUGUUUUUUUGUUUGAUCCAACUCUGAAAAAAGUUCUUCAGAUAAUUACUUUGUUUAUGUAUGCAAGUUUUUCACACACAAAAAUUUCAGAACUGCAGUUUGCCUUUGGCAGCCUCUUUCUCCAUGUUGGUCUGUUGCAUAUAUUUGGUUGACAUUUAUAGUACGGUGUGUGUUUUUGGUUAUUUCCCAUUUGUAUAUACAAGUGUUUAUGGCGGCUUUAAGCAUUUUUGCUUUGUUUGAAACUAAUGUACACCACCCAGUGUUGUAUUAAAUGUGAUUUUUAUGUGAUAACAUGGCUUCACAUCAAGCUAUGGUGAAGUGUAUUUUUUUUUUUUUUUUUUGAAGCACACAUGGUCUAAAGACAUUUGAAAGCAUUAUUUUUCUCACAAGUUCCCCUUGUUUUUGAAAGGUGGUUUCACAAAAUUAAGAUGAUUUUAAAAAUAAUGGAGAGACCACUUGAUUUCUCAUCUUGGUCUUUCAUGCACUUGUUUCAUAAUUUGUUAGUUGAAAUAAUUUAUAAAAUUUUCUGGCAGCUGGAAUAUUAAAACUUGCUUCCAGCCAUGCAUUCAUUCAACAUGAAGCGUUUUAAACAGUGGUUCUCAAAGUAUUUCGGAUUGCUGACCAUUUUUUAAGUAAAAAAUAUGGUGGACCACCAAGGCCUAAAAUCACUCUCUACUGUGAAUUUCACAUUUAAAUUGCCGUAUUUGUUUCAUUACAAUUCAAAACUAAAUGUACUUUUGUGACAGUAGUGUAAGUUUAGAAUAUGUUUAUAUAAAAUUACAUACUUCGCAAAGUACACUUAAAAAUUAACAAUAAGGAAGUGCACUGUGUUACUAAGGGUAAUGGGUGAUGCAGUUAAAUGACACAGUGCUCGGUAAGCAAGCAUUUUAUGCAAAUGAGCAGGUGAUCAUCAAUAAAAUUAAAAUUCAUGUGAAAUUAUUACUUGGCUUAUUAGUGUAUCUGGCAUUUUAAACAUCACUUUGUUGAUGUUUGAUGACUGGCAGCCACAGUCCACCUGACAUGCGUGAAAACCACUGUUUAAAACCCAUGUCACCAAACACACAAUAUCAGUUCAGAUGCUACGGGUUGACAGAGGUGCUUACAGCUCAGGAUAGCUUAAGAGGAGUUCAGUAAUGGAAAAACUCUCAGCUUUAGAGGCCUUUGUGAUGCACAUGUGUUUAUACAUGAGCUUUUAUGCUGAUGUAUGUAUCCAAUCUGUAUUCUGUAGUGUAUUGUGUGUAAUAUGGAUAAUGUCCAUGCAUGGAGAUCAUCAUCUGUAUUCAGGGAUUGUUGUCCAUUUCUUGAUGUUAAUUUUGUUCUUGAAUUUUUUUUUUUUUCCACAGCUCUUAGUCAUUAGUUUGUACCAGUUCUGAUUAUGGAUGGAUGGAAUAUAUGAAGAUCCUGAGGCUUAGGCCUAUUAGCUUGGAAGUGUGGGUUAUGAGAG